AUCCCACGGAGCCCCGUACUAUACGUAUUUCGUUUGUCGAGUCCACUCGCCUGCGAGCGACCAGUGCGUCUCUACUUGCACGGUCCAAACCCAAUCUCGUCUCGCCAACUAGCGCACCCACUCGACCAUCGUCACUCGACCUGGUCAGAUGCUACCGAAUCCGAACAUGUAUGGUCAUCACCAGUACAAUCCCCACGAGCAAUCGUGGAUGCACCAACAGCCCAGCCACCAGGCCCAGCAAGCUGCUGCUGCCGCUGCCGCCGCCCAACAGCAGCACUACAACCGCCUUGCAGGAGCUCACAACAACGUGGCCGUGGCUCAUGUUCAGGAAAACGGCCUCGAGAAUGUCUCAGAGGACAAUAGGAGGACCAUGCAAUACGUUGCCGAUCUAUUGAACGAGAAUACGCGCGAGGCCGCUCUGCUGGAGCUCAGCAAGAAGCGCGAGCAAGUCCCCGAGCUGGCCCUCAUCCUGUGGCACUCGUUCGGCGUCAUGACUUCGUUGACUCAAGAGAUCAUCUCUGUCUAUACGCUGUUGAACCCUAGUCAGCUCACAGCGGCCGCCUCCAACCGAGUCUGCAACGCUUUGGCCUUGCUGCAGUGUGUCGCGUCCCACAAUGACACCCGCACCUUGUUCCUCAAGGCCCAUAUUCCCCUGUAUCUGUAUCCCUUCCUGAACACCACCUCCAAGUCGCGGCCCUUCGAGUACCUUCGUCUCACCUCGCUUGGUGUCAUCGGCGCGCUUGUCAAGAACGACUCGACCGAGGUCAUCAACUUCCUGCUGACCACCGAGAUUAUCCCUCUGUGCCUCAGAAUCAUGGAGACGGGAUCCGAGCUGAGCAAGACAGUGGCCAUCUUCAUCGUCCAGAAGAUUCUCCUUGACGACAGUGGACUGAACUACAUAUGUGCUACCUACGAGCGGUUCUAUGCGGUCGGCACCGUACUUAGCAAUAUGGUAGCUCAGUUGGUUGAGCAGCAGACAGCGCGACUCCUCAAGCACGUUGUGCGCUGCUUCCUCCGUCUCAGCGACAACGCCCGAGCCCGUGAGGCUCUACGGCAAUGCCUGCCUGAGCCCCUGCGCGACGCCACCUUUUCUUCGGUCCUUCGCGACGACGCGGCCACCAAGCGUUGCCUCGCCCAGCUGCUCAUCAACCUCUCCGACAACGUCGUGGAUACGGGCGGUGCUCAUCCAGGACUAUAAGCUAUUGUGGACGCCUGGUGCUUGCGGCUUGUGAAUUGCGAGACCACUUGAACGGUUGCGUACUUUCGCCACGAGUCUGUAUCUCAUCUGCGUUUCGUGAUGCGGUUCUACCGG